CCCAGCUCAGAGCGGCUGCAAACCCGGAGCCCUCGGCACUGAGCCCCAGCCCCCAGCCCCCAGCCCCCAGCCCCCGCCAGAGCCCCCAGCCGCGCCAUGGACCUGCCCGUGUUCGACUACGCGGAGCCCGGCAACCUGUCGGGGCUGGGCUGGCCCUGCAACAGCAGCGACUGCAUCUCAGUGGACACGCUCAGCUGCCCCGCGCCCGCGCCCCGGGCCGCCCUGCUCUACGGGCUGGCGCUGCUCUACGUCUUCAUCUUCCUGGCGGGGGCGCUGGCCAACGCGGCCGUGCUCUGGGCCGGCCUGCGCGCCCCGGGGCCCGGCGCCGACGCCCGCUGCUACGUGCUCAACCUGGCGGUGGCCGACCUGUGCGUGGUGGUCACCGUGCCGCUCUGGACGGCCAGCCUGCUGCGCCGCGACCAGUGGCCGCUGGGCCGGCUGAGCUGCCAGCUGGCGCAUCUGCUCUUCUCCGUCAACCUCUUCUGCAGCAUCUUCCUGCUGGCGGCCAUGAGCCUCGACCGCUACCUGGCCGUGGCCCGGCCGCCCCGCCGCCCGCCCGCCCGUCGCCUGGCCUGCGGCCUGGCCUGGCUGCUGGCGGUGGCCGUGUCCCUGCCGGACACCGUGUUCCUGCAGACGGUCACCUCGGCCUCGGGCAACGAGACCUUCUGCCGCCCGCUGUACCCAGAGCAGAGCGCGCGCGAGUGGCUGCUGGCCGUGGAGCUGCUGUCGCUGCUGCUGGGCUUCGCGGGCCCCUUCUGCGUCAUCGCCGCCUCCUACUGCCUGCUGGCCCGGGCGCUGGCCGCCUCCCCCGACGCCGAGCGGCGCGGCCGCCGGCUGCCGCUGGCCUACGUGCUGGUGUUCGCGCUGUGCUGGCUGCCCUACCGCGCCGCGGCGCUGCUGGACGUGGCGCUGGCCCUGCACCUCGUGCCCUUCAGCUGCCGGCUGGAGGAGGCGCUGCUGGCCGCGCUGCACGUCACGCAGUGCCUGUCGCUGCUGCACUGCUGCGUCAACCCGCUGCUGUACGGCCUGGCGCACCGCGCCUACCGCUACGAGCUCAUGAAGGCCUUCAUCUUCAAGUACUCGGCCAAGACCGGGCUGGCCAGGCUCAUGGACGCCUCCCGCGGCUCCGACGCCGAGUCCUCGGUGCUGGAGCCGCCGGCCAAGUGACCGCGCCGGCGGGGAGCGCGGCCCCUCUCCCGCCCUCCCGCCCGGGCCUCACAACGUCCCCGUGUGGGAAGGCGGCCGCUCACAGCGACACGGCCCUGGGGACGGGACGGGACCGGACAGGACGGGGGCUGGGCCCUUCCUGGACGCCCGGGGCUAAGGACGACGGCGGCCGCAGUGGGCGGCCGAGACGAUGCCCGAGAUGCGAACGUAGAGAUGGUCGUAGAGAUGGUCGGAGUUCUGUCUAGGGCGGCCCAGCGGGCGGGGCGCUUUCUGGACGCCAGCACUCUCCUGUCCGCGUGCACCCGGUGGCGGGGUAGGGACACAGCCGCGGUCCCGCGGCGGGCACCUGGGCACGGCCGCCAUCGCCAGGGGGCGAGGGGAACAGCUGCUGGGGGUGGGGGGGGCAGACAGCUGCCUUUCCGAGCUUUCUGCCUCGACGUGUAAGUUAUUUUUAUAAAUAAUAAAGAUUCCGUUUUUCCUCAAA